GGAGUCUAAGGUAGAUAGCUUGAGCUCAGGAAUUCGAAACCAGCCUGGGGAAAAUGGUGAAACCUUUUCUCUAAAAAUAAAAAAUAGCCAGGUCUGGUGGCAAGUCUGUAGUCCCAGUCACUUGGAGGACUGAGGAAGGAGGAUCACUUGAGCCAAGGCGGUUGAGGCUGCAGUGAGCUGAGACUUCAUCACUACACUCCAGCCUGGGUGACAAGAAUGAGACCUCAUUUCAAAAAAUAGAAGAAGAAAAAAAAAAGAUCAUAGGCCAGGCAUUGCGGCUCACAUCUGUAAUCCUAGCACUUUGGAAGUCUAAGGUGGGAAGAUCACUUAAGGCCAAGAGUUCAAGGCCAGCCUAUGCAACAGAGCAGAAAACUUUAAAACUUAGCCAGGAAUGGUGGUACAUGCCUGUAGUUCCAGCUACUCAGGUGGUUGAGGUGGGAGGACUGCUUAGGCUGAGAAGUUGAGGCUACAUUGAGCCAUGAUAUCAUCCUGUAGUCCAGCCUGGGUGACCGAGUGAGACUCUGACAAAAAAAAAAGAAGAAAGAAAGAAAGAAAGACGGAAAGAAAGAAAGGAAGGAAAGAAAGAAAAGAAAAAGAUUAUACAGCCAUAAAAAAGAAUGAGAUCAUGUACUUUGCAGGGACAUGGAUGGAGCUGGAGGCCAUUAUCCUUAGGAAACUAACACAGGAACAGAAAACCAAAUACCUCAUGUUCUCACUUAUAAGUGGGAGUUAAAUUAUGAGAACACAUGGAGACAUAGAGGGAAACAGUAUACACUGAGGCCCUUUGGAGGGUGGUAGGAAGGAGAGGAUCACAAAGAAUAACUAGUGAAUGCCAGGCUUAAUACCUGGCUAAUGAAAUAAUCCGUAUAACAAACCCCCAUGACACAAGUUUACCUAUGCAACAAACCUGCACUUGUACUUCUGAACUUAAAAUAAAAGCUAGGGAAAAAAAGACGGUAAAGGGAAGCAACAUAAAAAGAACAACAAAUAGUUAAGGUAGUCAAACCCUGCCCUCGUGACAGCGCCUUAGUAUUCGCAUGAUCUUUUAAAAAUUACUUAAUUUCUAGUGUUCAAUUUAGUCCUGUCUUCAACUAUUUGGUGACUCCAUUAUGUGUCUUAAAACCAAUUAAAUAGUAAUUUCCGCUUCACAUGUGUGUUAUUAGUGAGACUUCAAAUUCAUAUCAUACUUAAUAAAAUAUAUUUUUAAAUAUUUUGCAUUUGAAUACAUUUCCUACUGGCAAAAGUUGGGGAACUCUGUUGCAAACAUUAUCCAGUUGCCAUUAAUGAAAAGGUUAGACAAAGACAAAAGGCACUUAACUUCUGAGAAUCUCAGUUUUCUCAUCAACAUGUUGACCAUAUAACUUGUUAUCUAAAACAAUACUUUUUUUUUCUUUAAGACAUAGCCUUACUCUGUCUCCCAGGCUGGAGUGCAGUGGCGCCAUCUCAGCUCACUGCAACCUCCGCCUCCCGGGUUCAAGCUAUUCUUGUGCUUCGGCCUCCCAAGAAGCUGGGAUUACAGGCAUCUGCCACCAUGUCUGGCUAAUUUCUUUUGUAUUUUUAGUAGAGACGGGGUUUUGCCAUUUGGCAAGGCUGGCCUUGAAUUCCUGGUCUCAAGUGAUGCACCCACCUCGGCCUCCCAAAGUGCUGGGAUUAUAGGCGUGAGCCACCCUGCCCACCCUAUACUUUUUUUUUUUUUUAACUGACUGCUGUGCAGUGUGCAUAGAAUAAAGAUGAAGAUACAGUAGGGACGCGCCCGGCCGGGCAAGGCGUCCGAGCGAGGCAGGCGUCCGCGAGCGGCCGGUGUUCAAUCCCGGGCCGGGGCCGGGAGAUUGGCGGCGAACCAGGGCCUAGGGCUGGGGCUGGCGGGGACGCUCACCGCCUCUCGCUCGCAGCAGCGUCAGCACGCGCGGGCGAGGGCCAUGGGAAGAGGAGACGCAGCUCCGCGGGUGGCACGCUCGGCCGGGCCCCGGCCCGCGCUCAACCGGGCCCCGGCCCGCGCUCAACCGGCGCGAUGCUCUUCUCGCUCCGAGAGCUGGUGCAGUGGCUGGGCUUCAUCACCUUCGAGAUCUUCGUGCACCUGCUAGCGCUGUUGGUGUUCUCCGUGCUGCUGGCACUGCGUGUGGAUGGCCUGGUACCAGGCCUCUCCUGGUGGAACGUCUUCGUGCCUUUCUUCGCCGCUGAUGGGCUCAGCACCUACUUCACCACCAUCGUGUCCGUCCACCUCUUCCAGGACGGAGAGAAGCGGCUGGCGGUGCUCCGCCUUUUCUGGGUCCUCACGGUCCUGAGUUUCAAGUUCGUUUUCGAGACGCUAUUGUGCCAGAAGCUGGCGGAGCAGCCUCGGAAGCUCUGGUUCGGCCUCAUCACGUCCUAGUCUUCAUUCUCCUGCAGCUGCUCAUGAUCCACGCCUGUCGGGUCAACUAGCCUCUUCGAGGUGCCGGAGAGAGAGCGCUGGACGGCCAGAAUGCCGACCUCAAGUCGAGGUCCUACUUGCGUUGCACCGGAGGAGAGGUUCUUUGGUGGGAAGGCAACUCCUGCUUGCGCCGAGCUGAGUGCCGGGUUUUUCUAUUCCAAUCAUGUCUGAAAUGGUUUCUUCAGCAGGGCUUAAAAGAGCAGCCUUCGUCCUUAAAAUGUAUUUCCUUUUAUUUCAUGCUUUGAGUAGGUAAUCCUGAAUUGUCUUGAGGAGGGCCCCAGGCCAGACAGUCCUGAACUCCUCUGACACUCAGAAACUGAAUAUAAGUAAAAUGUUCAGGUGGACUCUGAGUAUUUCCUGUGGGUCCUGGGAAAGUACUGCUGCACAAAGGCUGCAAAGCUGGACUCAGGGAUGUCCUGCAACCAGCAGCGCUGACCUAAGAGCUCCCUGCACAGUCCAUCCGAACCAGACUUAGGUAGAUGUGUUCUUCAGGUCUAUCAAAUGUAAACGAGCUUGCAUCUCCUCCCUUGUGCUACGAGAGAGGUUGGCUCUUUAUUUCAGUCUAGGCAGAGACAGAAGAAUGUUGAAUAAGAUCACAAUUAGGGUCUUGUCUAGUUAUUUGUUGUCCAAGAAAAGAACUCUGCUGUCCAGGCGCUGCUUGGCUUCCUAUCCCAGCAAAGACUGCAGUUUUAUGGACUUUUUCACCGCCUUGUGGCUGGCACCGUUAGCACACCUGAGACAGAUUUAAGCCUCCCUAAGAGACUGAAGAGAGGAACAGGUAUCAGAUACUCAUUGACUACUGUCAAUGUAGGCAUUGAGACCUACAAAUGGCAAGCUUGUGAGUGGCCCAGCUUUGUUGGCCUACAAACUUUGGUUUGAUGCCACUCAGGUGCCAAAUGAGAACCUUUGCUGAGAUGCAAAUAACGUAAGAGAAUGUUUUCCUGAAAAAAAAAAGAUGAAGAUAAAUAGUACUUAUGACUGAAAAUGGGUACACAUUUUUUUGUUUUUUUGUUUGAGAGAGUCUUGCUCUGUCACCCAGGCUGGAGGGCAAUGGCAUGAUCUCGGUUCACUACAACCUGUGCCUCCUGGGUUCAAGUGAUUCUUAUGCCUCAGCCUCCCGAGUAGCUGGGAUUACAGACGUGCACCACCACACCCAGCUAAUUUGUGUGUUUUUAGAAGAGAUGAGGUUUCACCAUGUUGUCUAGGCUGGUCAAAAACUCCUGACCUCAAGUGAUCCGCCUGCCUCAGCCUCCCAAAGUGCUGGGAUUACAUGCAUGAGCCACUGUGCCCGUCCACAUUUACACAUUUUUAAAAUUAGGUCAUUAGUGGGGCAGGGAGGAUGAAUCAAUCUGGUCAGGAACUGAGAAGGGGAUUUUGUUGCUAUAGUUACCUUCAGUGACUGCUCUGUGGCUCAGAUUCCUGUAGAGUGACCUUGUGCUUGGUGUGGGGGCUGGACGCUGGAGGGUUUUUCUCAGUGUCUCUCCUCCAACCUUAGCUUUCUGCCUUCCUGUGUUCCUGCACAGGAUCUCCUCCCAGGCUCUUGUCUCUUCCGCAGUAGUAAGCUUCGUUGCUUGUAACUCAAUGCUUGUUCACCCAAUGUUGUGGGGCAGGGAGAGUGACAGAAGAGGGAAUUCUCUGUUGGAAGGAAGAAGAUUCUCUGUUAAACUGCUGUUGACUAUCAAAAGACAAGUGAGUAGCCUUCUGGAAUCCUAUAGGACAGUCCAUUUCCACGAAGAAUGGGGACACCGUGGAAAGACUGCAAAGCCCAAAUCACUGUGUAAAUAUAACCUGCCAGUGUUGCCAUCAGAAUAACAAUCACCGUUGUAUCUCCAGGCCCAAGAUUAUAUCUACAGGAAUAAGGAUCCACAAGGAAGUAGUAUGAUGCUACAAACAAGCUUUAUGAAACCUGGGAUUUAGCAACUGGAGUAAGAGAGGUUACAUUCAGUUUAUUUUGAAUGACCAGAAGCUGAUUCUUCUGCUUUCAUCGUCUAAUAAGUCCUGAGUUAGGAAGCCUUUCACUUUCCUAUUCUCAAGGGCAAGAGUGAAGGGUUUUAGAUGAUUAUUAGAAAAUGUGCUGAUGCAUCCUUAAAGAAAAGAACUUUACACAAGAACAGAAAAUGAAAUACCGCAUGUUCUCACUCAUAGGCGGGUGAUGAACAAUGAGAACACAUGGACACAGGGAGGGGAGCAGUACA